AUGGAGUGCAUCUGCUUGUGUGUGUGUGUGUGCAGCGUCCAGAGUGUGCAGAAGAAAACCAGCACCAUGUCCCUGACCAUCUCCUCCUCCUCCUCCUCCUCCUCCUCCCGGGAGCUCUCCUCCUGUUCCUCCGCUUCCUCCUCCUCUUCCUCCACCUUCAUCGCUCAGAGACACUCCAGCCUGGUACAGCCGCUGUGUAUCAGUCCUCAGAGGACUCAGAGUCCCCUGUAUAAUCAGCAGUAUUCAGGGAAUGGAGUGGCCCCCACCUUUGUCAAGUGUCUCCAUGACGUGUCGACGCUGAAGGGCCAGCUGGUGGUGCUGGAGUGCCGGCUGAGGGGAACGCCCCCGCUGCAGGUCAUGUGGUACAGAGAGGAUGAACAAAUACUGGACUCCGAUGAUUUUAGGAUACUGCGCAAGAAGGCCAGUUCUGCAUCAGUUCCAGAGGAGCUGUGUACGCUGGUGAUCACCGAGGCCUUCCCAGAGGACUCUGGCCUGUUCAAAUGUAUGGCUCUCAACCCCUUUGGCACCGUCUCCUGCUCAGCCAUGCUGGAAGUUUACAAUGACAUGGAGGAGCAGUUGGAAAACGAGGUCAUCUGCCAACAGGAAGCGGUUUCUCUCAGACAGGAAAAAGAGGCGGUUUUCCAGCAGGAGCAAGCCACUGUCCAGGCAUCCUCGUCCACUAAGACCACCGAGGAGUUUCCCCCCGUGCUGCCUGACGCCACAAACCUCCCCCCUCCUGAGUGGCCCGAGAGCCCCAUGGAGGACCCCAACCUCCCCAGCAUGGCAGAUUUCCCAGAGCCUCAGCCGGCCAACCACUCCUCUGAGGAGCCUUUCGGUCGCAGUGAGGAGGAUAGUGCCCUGAGCUCAGAGGGUCAAAGGUCACCGGUCACUGUCCAGGCCUGUACACCCAGCCCUCCCCCUCCCCCCUCGCCGCCACCUACUGAAGUCAAAGCUGCCACACCUAAACUGUUCACCCCAAGCAAGCUCAGUUUCACUUCUUCAUCCCAGUCAGGAGGCAACAAUAUGAACCUAUCGGACCUCCCCACGUUCACUCCCAGUGCCUUCCCUCCCAGUGGCUUCAACUAUGAGCGACCAAGACAUUUCAUCCAGUCGCAGCCAGCCUUCCAGGCUCCCAGCUAUGAGAGUGUACAGAGGGAGGCUCAGCAGAACCAGAAUAACUCCCAGCAGAACAUGAAUAGUCCAAAUCUCACAGAGACGUUGGAUCAAGCUAAAUUUAUGUCUGCACAGAAUCAGUCUGCAUCUCGGUCUCUGUCACAGACUCAGUCGCAGUUACAGUCACUAAGUCUCAACCAGAACCAAACUCAGUAUCUGUCUCAAACCCAAAUCCAGACCCACGCUAAUGGAACCAGCAAGUCCUCUCCCUCCUCCUCCAGUCACAGUUCUCCCACCCCAACUCCUGCUUCCUCCUCUCUUCUGCCUCCUCCUCCUUCCACCUCUGUCUCUUAUUCGAUCUCCUCCUCCCCCUCAUCCUCUCUCCCUCGCACCCCAAUGCGCUCCACCAUCACCCUCACCCCUAGCAUCCCCAGUGUCCCAAGUGCCGUCGGCCUGGGUUGCGCCACCCUGCCAGCCAACCAAGAUGUCAGGUCUGCCCCUGCUGCUUACCUUUGCUCAGUUCUGCCCACCCAGUCCUCCUUCUCUCCCUACACCUCCCCCAAACUGUCUCCCAGCUCCGGCCUGCCAAACUCCCGCUCCCCCACCCGAUCCCCACUCUGCCCCUCAAGCCCUGUACUUCCUACCAGGGCCGCCACCUCCUCUUCCUCCUUACCCCAUCAGCCUCUGCCUGUCUCACCCUCCCUGUCCCGAUCCCCUCUCUCCCCCUCUUCCCCCUCCUCUCCCCCUGAGCCCACCCCCCCACACAGUCAGAACAGAGUGCCGCCUGCUGUGGUCUCCUUGCCCGCUGCCUAUAAGGGGAUGCCAAGCACUCUUCCCAAGCCCAUCCUGAAGAAGUCUGUAGCUCCUCGUCCUUCCUCCUCUCGCUCCACAGAUGAAGAUAUCCAGGGCUCCAAAGAUGCCCUGAUCCAGGAUCUGGAGAAGAAGCUACGCUCAAAGGAGGCAAGGAGGAGAAACAGCCAGAAACUGACCUAUGAAGAGCGCAUGGCUCGCAGGCUGCUGGGUCCAGACAAUGCCACCUACAUGUUUGACCAAGAUAAUCUUUUAGACUCACAACUUGACCAGCCUGAUUCACCAGAAGGAAGGCACACAGGAGGACUAUGGGGGAAGCACCACUUGGGGGCAGAUGAGAGGGGAAAUGAGGGAUCGGCUAUCCAGGAGAAAUGUUACGCUCCUCGCUUCCUGCAGAUUCCCCCAGACCUCACUGUAGAGGAGGGACGUUUCUGCAGGAUUGACUUCAAGGUGGGUGGCCUCCCCACCCCAGAUGUCUCCUGGUACCUGGAUGGGAAGGCCAUCCGUCCGGACGACUACCACAAGAUGCUGGUUUGUGAGAAAGGGAUGCACUCCUUCAUCAUCGAGAUAGUCACCGUGCACCAUGCCGGCGUGUACGAGUGUGUGGCCAGGAACCGUGCCGGGGAGAGCAGGUUCAGCAUGAGGCUCGAUGUCCUAGCCCAGGAGGUUCUCCGUCCUCCCACCUUUGUCCAGAAGAUGAUGAACUCUCGAGCUCUAGAGGGCGACACUGUGCGGUUAGAGUGUAAAGUGGACGCCUCCCCCCCUCCUCAGCUCUUCUGGAAGAAAGACAAAGACAUGCUGCGCAUCGACCCCCACAGAAUGAGUCUGUACCAGGACGGUUCAGGCAGACAGUGCCUGUUGAUAGAGAGAGUGAUGAAGUCAGAUGCCGGCUGGUACACUCUGUCUGCUAUCAAUGAAGCUGGCAUGUCCACAUGCAACGCCAGGCUGGAUGUAGGCACUCGCACAGCUCCUCCCAUGAAAACGGCGCCCCCCGGCUCCAAGACAUUGAAGCUGCUGUCCACUUUGAGCCAUGUGCCCUCUCUGACUGUGGAGAGCCCUGCCCAGCACACCGCACCGCUGUAUGAAAGCGAAGAGCUCUAGACCCAAAAAAAAAAAAAAACCCUCACGCAUCUCAGAACUUUAAAACCGGGCCAGGACUUGGACGCAGACCAGAACCUGUAUAACGGAAAAUCUCAGAGUCAUUUCAGGGCUGAUACCAGAGUCAUGACUAACCAGAAACCACAACCUGAAACCAAAACAUCUCAGAGUAAUUCAUUUGGGCUAAACCAUAUUUAGCACAACUGUUGUGAUAUUGAUGUACUCUACGGUUUCUUUCACUUUCAUUGAACAGUUACAGUCUCAGCCAAAUUUUCCAGACUAGGGUUCUCUAUGUAAGACUGUGGAAAAACUGUGAUACAGUCUUUUCAUUUUUAAUCCUACCAAAAAUUGUACAGCAUUUCCCACCAUAACUGGAAAAGAUCUUUAUUCUCACUGCUAAGACGCUUCACAGCGCAGCUUGGUGUAGGAGUGCUGCUCGGAGGCCAGGUAAAUGAAGUCCUGAUAAAGUUUAUAUAUGAGCUGAUGGCUGAUGUGAGAUAAGUGCUCCUCUUCAAAGAGGCUUUGUGAGGAUGAGCUCCAGACAAAACACUUAUUAGUUCAGAGCUCCAGAGGUGGAGCAACAGUGACUCAACACAUCCGUAAUCCAGAGUCCAGGCCUUUGUAAAUGGGUUUCAAAAUACUUUGGGAAAACAAGGAGGGGGCGCUUGUUUUGAAUUUGAGAGAAAUGUCUCCAUGUUCUGUCAUGGUCAAACGCCUUUAAUGCUCAAGUUGUCUGUGUGCUCCCGUUUGUUGCUAACCUCUGCCCACACCCUUCUGUGCCUGUCUCUCUCUCUCGUUAGUUUUCAUGGCUGCAGCGCUCAUGUUUGACACAUGUAUGUGUAGCCUCCCUCCCUCUCUGCCUCUCCUGUUUCCCCUCAACAAAAUGAUGUGGUUGGGUCUGGGAAGGAGGAGGCAGCUUAGCUUCACUACACUACCCACAAUCCAACAGUGCCAGACCCUCCAACAUCUGUCAGACUCUGCACUUUAGUCUUGACAACUUUCUCCUUGUCCCCUUCUCCUUCUCUCCAGGUUGUUGAUAAUAAUAAUGAUGAAGAUGAGUUUUUGUGGGUGUUUGAACCACAUAACCAAACAGCGUUGUCUGUUUCUGAGUUACAGCUGCUGCUGCUUCUGACGGUGUGUGUCAAUAAAGCUGCAUUUACACUGGAAUAAGGAAUCUGAUCAUUAACCUUAUUUGACACAAAUCUGAUUUUUGUCAUUGUUUCAACAGCAAUCGUGAUCAGAUGUGGGUCACAGAUGGUUACUGCUCAGAUUCUGUUCCUGUAUUAAUUCAGCUUAUUAGUAUUUGUUUUUAAAGUCAGUUUCUGAUAUACAGUGUAUGUGAAUGAAGCUAUUUAUUUGAAGUUAUUAGUGAAACUUACAUAUGCAGCUGCCUUGACAGUGUUGAGACUUUAAGGUGCCCCUCUUUAAGUCAGAGUCAGAGGAGUCUAUCAUGAGCAAACAACAGAGAGCUGCCAUUUUGAUACCCGGCUCUGUGGCUUUAUGCCAGAAGAGAAAAUCAGCUGUUUGACCUUGUAUCACAUUACGUAAUGGUGGAAACAACCGGGGCCGCUGUGUGUAUUGGCCGUGUCUAGGACAAGAUGAUCUCAAAAGGCCACCCCAGCAGAUUAUUUAAAGAUUAAAAGGCCCUUUUGGGCCCUCCCUUAACCCACGGCCCAGGACAACUGAUCUGGUGUCCCCCUAUGUUGCUGGCUGUGGAAACAACUGUAGAGCCAAGAGAAUAUUAGUAAGUGCUGUGAUCUUCAGAGAUACACAUGUACAUUGAUCUGUACAGGUGAGCAUCAUGUAUUCUUUACACUUGUCAUAGAAACAUGGGCAUCAGUGUGGCCCGAUUUGCCAAACUGUCCUGUUACCAACAGCUCUAACCACAGCCAUAGAUAUAUAUGAGAGACUUGAUUUGCUGGCAUACCUUUGAAAUGUUUGGUAUUAUUGCCAGCCAGGGUCUAAUUUCCCCCAAACAUUGUAUCGCUAAGAAUAACCACCAUUCACUUUUUAAGCCAUGUGUGACUCUGGCCCAUCUGGUCUGCUCAGCCAGCCAAUGAGAUCUCAAAACAGAAUAAUCUAUUUUCUGUGUGCAUGAAACCCUUGUUACCAUACAUAAACCAAGGGACUGCAUUUUUACAGACAUAAAACUACAUUUCAGUCUGUGUCAUCUAGACCUGACUGUUUCCACAAGGUCAGCUGAUAGAAAGACUACACAGGGGUAUCAAUAACAUUUCCGGUUGUUGUGUUACUUCAACUUUAGUUUCUCAAAGCACCAGUGUGGUGGUUUUGGUAAAUCAGGUCCUCCCUGUUGAUGGAUUUUGAACUGCAGGUAGUAACGUGUGUGUAUACUCCUAAAGUACUGUUUGUUGUGUAAGAUGAUUGAUGAAUCACUGGAUGAAUGAGGAAUAAAGUCUCUGUGACCUUA